GUGAUUCCUGGCCGGCUAAUGAAUAUAGUGACAAAAAGACUCUUGCAAAACCAAAUUAACUGGAUCUACCGGUCAAUCUUCCCGAUAUCAUACGAAGAUCUCAACGUAAACGACCCAUGUAGAGUAAGCAUGGACGAUUCCAGAGGGUCACAUCGAAUGCUACAGGGAGCUGCACUGGAACAGGUGUUGUAGUUGGUUCCUACUGUGUACCGUCGUUCACUCCAUGUGAACUGGAUCGGAUUCAUCCGCUUGCAUCGCGGUGUUGAUGUUCAUUGGUUUCGGUCAUGGACUUACUCAUGUCAUCUUCUUCCUUGUCGCACUGGUGAGAACCUGGCAUUUGGACCUGCGGCUCCUUACGGGAAUCGUUUGCUGGCAAAUGUCCUUCAUACGCUGCGGGACGCGGGAGCAGUAAUUCUUCCCCGUCGCCAUGUAAGACAGCCAAUACAACCCUCCUCUUCACUUGCGUAUCGAAGAAAAGCUCACGCUUCAGGUGGUUUCGUAAUUUUUAUCAGCAGUCAGACUUACACGCCCCAGGAGAAAAAUUAUUUAGGAACCAUAUUAUGGAAUUACGGCGGUAGCUGGGCAUGCAUGCAACAAAAAUUGAACAUGGAGAGUACUCGAAGCCAGAGGGAGGCGGAGCCAAUGGGCAGAGAGCAUGAAGACGAGGAGCCAGGUUUGACCGGUUCACGUGGCCAGUCGCAACGACCCCCCACAAUCAUGUGGACGUCCCCCGUAGGGCCGACGACGAGCGUGGAACAACCGACCGCACCGGACCAACCGACCCCCGAACCUGGAGACUCGUCACACCAAGGGGGCCCGGGGGUCACGCCGCUGCUGCUGCUGCUGCUGCGGCGGCACCCAAACGGAUCCAGACGCCCCCUUGGCUCCGGUCCUCUCUCCUCGUCAGCGGACUCCCGUCUGUGGUGCGCCGGGCGAACGUGCGAAGGUACCCGCGCGGCUCGAUGCCAUCUGGAGGAAGGGGAGGGGGAGGAAGACAAAGAAGAGAGAAGAGAGAAGGGAGGGGAGGCGGGGAAGAAGAGCUGUGCAGCUGCAGCUGGAGAGGGAGGAGGGGAGGGGGAAGAAGAGCUGGAGCUGGAGCUGGAGAGAAAGAGAGAGCAAGGAGGAGGAGACGAAGAAGAUGGAGGCGGGGAAGAGUAGCAGGGGUAGCAGGGGAAUGGGAGGGCAACUGGAGGAGGAGGAGUCAACCAUGGCACGGCAUGGGAGAAUAGAAGAGAAGAGAACAGAAGAGAAGAGAGGAGAGGAGGUGAAUGAAUGAGCGAGCGAGUGAGCGAGAGCGAGUGAGUGAGUGAACGGAGCGAGAUCGGCAGCGGCAGCAGGAGGAGGGCGAUUCUGGGCAUGGUGUGAUAUCCAAUUCGGGGCACUCGGCUGUUGCAUGUCACCGCUCUGGUGGCGUGGGAACAACAGCUGGAGGCAGUACGUCGAUCUUUGGCAAUUCGAUCGCACCGACCGACGGGACAGGGGCGGCCUCUUCUCUCGCCUCGUUUGGUGAGGUCGUGUGAUUUUCGCGAUCCGGUGGCUGUACGCUCCGUGCCCAAGUUCGGUAGAGACGGGGUCAUUAUAGGGCGGGAUUUAGUACAGGGGAUGCAGUGGACGAGUAGCUGACGGUGAGCGGGAGCAUUACGGAAGUUCGCUGGGAGUUUGUUGAUGAUGGAUGCCCAAGAAUGGGGAUGGUCCGCGUUUUUUUUCGGGCGGUGGCGAUUUAAGAACUGAGGAAGGUUUGAUCUGCGAGGCUAUUCUGUCAUGAGUUGGAAGGCCGAGUCGAAUUCAGCUGCUCUGGAAAUAAAGUAAUUCGGGGCGAUGAAGAUGAAGAUGGAAGAUGGAGGACUAGAGCGUGCGGCAGUGGAUGCCAUUGCGGGGGCCGUGGCAGGAGGGAUUUCUCGCUCUGUUGUGUCCCCUCUUGAUGUCAUCAAGAUCCGCUUCCAGGUGCAGCUGGAACCUACGAGUACCCGUCUCGGUCCCUUGGGUGGCACUCAUGUGGUGUCAAAAUAUACAGGAAUUUGGCAGGCUACAAGGGAUAUAUUACGAGAAGAAGGUCUGCCGGGCUUAUGGAGGGGUAAUGUGCCUGCGCUGUUCAUGGUCAUGCCAUACACCGCUAUUCAGUUUGUCGUUCUGCAGAAGUUCAAAUCUGUAGCUGCCUCGUAUCAGGAAGGAGAUAAAAAUCCGGGACAUUUGAGUACAACGAUGGCCUAUGCAAGUGGUGCUGUAGCUGGAACAGCUGCAACUGUGGGUUCCUAUCCCUUCGACCUGCUUCGAACAAUCAUGGCUUCACAAGGAGAGCCAAAGGUAUAUCCAACCAUGCGUUCUGCUUUUAUGGGAAUUCUACGAUCGCGAGGAAUCACCGGGAUAUAUGCAGGACUCACACCUUCCUUAGUGGAGAUUGUACCAUACGCUGGUCUUCAGUUUGGCUUUUACGACACCUUUAAGAAGUGGACAAGCGCUUUGAAUGAGAGGAAGGGACUACCCAAAGAUCCACACGCCGAGAAUCUUUCAGGAUUUCAACACUUCGUAUGCGGACUUGGGGCGGGCACUUUUGCUAAGAUUUGCUGUCAUCCUCUGGAUGUAGUCAAAAAACGUUUCCAGGUUGAGGGUCUACAGCGACAUCCAAGAUACGGAGCCACUAUAACCCACAAAGAGUAUAAAAGCAUGAGAGAUGCCAUCUCAAGAAUUUUGCAAAAAGAAGGACUCGCAGGUCUUUACAAAGGCACAUUGCCUUCUGUCAUAAAAGCCGCCCCUGCAGCAGCUAUUACUUUCGUUGUGUACGAGUAUCUUGCGGAUUACUUGAAAGAUUUAGCAACCUCAGAGUCAUAACAUCUGAAGUAGAUUAGAGCAGUAGUUGUAGCUUACUCUUCUUGUCGAGGCAGAUUUGUCACGACCGAAUGUUUAGUACUUACUUUCUUGUCACGGAUGUCCUCCCUAGUGAGCGAAGGUUUGGAUCUGUAAACGCAGAGUCAUGUAGAGGUAAGCCUUCUGAUAUCUCCACUCAGAGCAGGAAUCAACACCUUCCCCGUCUUCCUAAUUUUUCCCUGAUGUCCAUUCUCUCCAGCAAUGUCAGAUGCCUCAAUGUUAGGCCACAUAAAAGAGGUCGCAUCAGGUGAUUAGUCUUGCUCUUUUAAAAAAAACUUUUGUAGCGGAAUGUAUGAGAGCCAGCCUUAUGCGGCCAAGUCAGCAAGUCGAUUACUUGUUGACUUGUGCUUUCUCAUAUGCAGAGAAGGCAGGAGUUUUGAAAGGCAGGUCCAUUUUGAGGUGAAGAGGUUACAUGAUGUAUCAUACCUUAGUGGCGGCCGAAUGAAAAAAUUGUUAGGAUGUGUCAAGUUUACUGGAUAAAUAGAUUUUUUGACAUUCUGCUGAAUGUUGCUCAUCGAAAUUCAUCAAGUACUGUAUCAACAAGAAGGUUUCCUUCACUGAAUGAG